GACAGAUGAUUCUGAAAUUAUUGUGAGUGACAAUUGUCGUUUUUUAAAUUUCUAAAUAAAUAAAUAAAAUGUAACUAGGAUAAAAAUUAAAAAUUGCGUAUUUAAAUAUUUGAAAAGUAAGUGCGGAUUUUUUAAAAUUUCAUUGUAAUUAAUUUAUUUUUGUAUAAUGUGUCUCAUGUCUGCUACAUUACAUUCACAAAUUUGUAGACAAUUAGAAAUUUUUUAAUUUUUUGACAGCUAAUCAAUUACAAGAAAAAAAAGCUAAAAGUACGCAGGUGUAAAAAAUUAAAAAAAGUUACAAGUGUGAUUUUUAAAAAAAUUUAUUGUAGAAAAUUAUUAGACGUCGACUAACUUCAGUGUCAUAAUAAUAUGAUAGUUUUUUUAAAAUUUAUUACAACACAUGUGUAAUUUUCAUACAUUGUAAAUAAUUUAAAACAAAAUGCUAAUUAAUUUGUGUAAUAAUUAUUUAAAUACUAAAGUAAAGUGUGAUAAGCCAAGCUGUGAUGAUUAUGACGUUGAUAAUUUACUAGCUGUCAAUGACAAAGGUUUUUUGGUUUACUCAUGUAUAAAACCACCAAUAAACAUUGAUUUUAAUUUUGUAAACAAUAUAAAAUUAAAUCACAUAAUUAUUUGGCCAGCAAUUGGUGAGCAAAAGUCUACUGGUUUCAAAUUGACAGUGAAUUCUAGAAUUAAUUGUCCAAACCAACUGGCUGUUGGGUUCCUGAACCCCAGUGACAGUGGAAUAAUAUUUUGCUGUAAUUACGUUGAUGUAAAUGAAUUAAAAAAUACUUAUAGUAAUUUUUCUAUAAAAUAUAUCAGCAGUUAUAGUCAUAAAUUUGUAACUUGUAUGGAUAAUUUGAAAUUGACAAUUAUAAAGACUCAAAAAUCUGUGGCUGCUGUAAAAAGAAUUGAAAUAUGGGGUCAUGUAAGUCCUGGUACUAAAAUACAUGAUCUGUGGAUUAAUUACAGUAAUAAUUGUCGAAAAAAUAUUUCACUGCAAGUAAAUCAUUGUGUUAUUGAGAAAGCAGAGGAAGCACAGUCGAGCAAAAAAAAUUCACUAGAAAUACCAGAAGAAUUUAUGGAUCCUAUAACCUGCAGCUUGAUGAUCCAGCCGAUAAUUUUGCCAUGUGGAAAAAUAAUCGACUAUAGUACUUUAGAAAAUUAUGGAAAAAAUGAAGCACUCUGGGGACGACAACUGAGUGAUCCAUUUACUGGAGUACGUCUCAGUAAUGACUUCCGUCCGAUUUACGCUCAAGCGUUAAAAUGUCGGAUUGAUAAAUUUAUUACCGAUAAUCAUUAUCACAGCGAAUUCAAUAAUGUUCCUCGUCUUCUGGGUCCUCAUAGACAAUCUAGUACUGAUGUAGAUCUGAAAAGCAUCUCCGGUGAUGCCAGUGAUCGACUGGAAACACCUAAAAUCAAUUUGCUGCCUAAAAAUAAUGACCUGCAAGUAAAAAAUAUAAAAUCCAGCCACCGGAUCCCUAUAAUUGCUAAUUACUCGAAGGCAAGUUAUUUUGUGUCAAAAGCAAGAGUUAGGAGACCAAAUAAAUUAAAAGGGUUAGCUAACAACUCUAGUUUAAUUAAUAAGGACCUUAAUUCAGUGGAAAAUACAGAAUCAAGUGAAUCGGUGUUGAGUCUUGAUGACAACUUGAGGGAUAGUUUGAAGUCUUUGUUUUCAAAUUUAAAAAACUUUGAUCAAGUUAAAGAUACAACGAAUCCUGGUGAUAAUUUAGUAUGUGAGUGUUGUAGAAAUAAUAAUAUCAAAGAUAAUUGUCGAUAUAAAUUACCUUGCGGUCAUAUUAUUUGUCGCAGCGCUCUAUUGUCAAGUAAAAAUGAUAAUUUGUUUAGUUGUAAUGGGUGCAACGUCAGUUGCAAGACUAAUGAUAUCGUUAAGGUGCAUCUUAGUUAAUAUUAAAUUGUUUGUAAUAUAUUUUUAUAUUUUAAAAUAAAUAAAAUAAUCACAUUAAUUUAUAAAUUUUUAUCUUUCCCCAAAAAGUAGGGAAGUUAUUGUUUUCAGUCUGAUUUUCAAAAAUUUAAAAGUUGUUUUAAAUAGUAUAUUGUU